GGGGCGCCUCCUUCUGCCCUUUAAAGGGAAACGCGCUGCCCGGUUAGGAUGCGGUGCGUCCCGGGCAGGGAAAGAGGCAGAGGAAAAGAUCCUGAAACAAGGAGACUGGUGCCUGGAAAUUAGAGGAAGAGAAGAUAUUCAGACAUUCAACUGGCCAGAAUUAACUAGUCCUGCAAAGUUUCCAGAAGUGGAAGCAUUUAUAUCAAAGGAUCCAGAUUCUAAUAUAUUGACUUUGGAGCUGAUGUAAUUCCUUUGUUUUAUGUCCAGUUUCUAGCACAACACCCCCCCCCAGCUUGGAAACGGAAAUCAUCUGGUUUGUAGGAAUCCAAAGUAGCUCAGGUAGUUUAAUGCAAAAGGGAUACAGUAUUUGGAAUGAACAAUCACACUAGAACUUAAGGCUUUCUAGAACUAGAGUAGAAAAAAAUGCCACUUUAAAAUAGAUUAUUAUCUAAAUACUGGCUGAGGUUUUGAUGUUUUAUGUUUGUAAUCUUUGAUCUGAGAUUAUUAUUUCUUCAAUAGGAUUUCUGGUUACUCAGGUAUCUAUAAAACAGUUGUAGAAAUAGCGGAAAAUCUGCCCAUGGUAGAUUGUGAUCAAGGAGAUGUCAGAGAUCUAGAGAGAAAUGUUUGGAUUCAAUUGAGGUCAGACCAGAAUCCGGAAAGAACAAAUAAAUCGAAAUUCCUUGGGGUAAGGUAAAAAGAAAAGCUUUAUCCAGGAACGAAUGCGAGAUGCUAGGUUUUCAAGAGAGGAACAGGACCCCCUAAUAAAAAAAGUCAGAUUUAGAGUUUGUUUUCUAGGGAUCAAGAAACAACAUCUCUCUUAAGAAUGGAUCAGGUGCCUAAACUCAGGAAAAAAACUCCUUCAAGGCUGUAGAAGUUCCAGAUUUCGCUAUUAUUUGUAACUGCCCAGAACUACACGGAGGAUUGGUGAUCUGAGAAGAGCUGAGUAUAUAGAAUUCUCUUUUUUCCCCCCCUCAUCACUUCCACCUUCAUGGAUAGCCCCAACAAUUUCUGCCGCCUGUGUGGCACUGUGCUGCGUGGAAACCACCGCCGGUGGCUUUUUGGACGUGGCAGCGGCACCGCCCGCCCCGACCUGCUCGUUGUGCUGUCGUACGUCCUCAACCAAGAGUCCCCCCAACGAGGCGAUGGCCAGGGAGAGUUCCUGUGCGGGAAAUGCGCCCAAGCCUUGGGCAGGGUGUACCGCUUCGACACCGUCAUUGCCCGGGUGCAGGCCCUCUCUAUCGACCGGCUCCAGCGCUUGCUUUCGGAGAAGGACCAGCUGGCCCGCUCCCUCCGUUACAUCCACGAACGGCAGUUCCCGGACAACAACAAAGCCUUGGGGUCUCCCUUGGGCCAAGAGAUCUCUGUCAGCCUAGCCGACCUGCCUCACGUGAGGUACCAGCGCCUCCUUCAGGAUGACAUGGCCCUCUCGGAAUACGAGUGCUGGGCCAGCGACGCCGACAGCAGCCGGGUAGGCACCCCGUGUCGCAACCGGUCCUGCCGGAGUUGCCACGGGCUCCGGGUGGAGGAUUCCGACUACGAGUGGGUUUGCCGGACUCCGAGACGGCUGGGGGUGUCAUCGCCCGUCUUCCCCCUCUGCCGAGACAAGUCCCAGAGCAUGCCCACCGUGCAUCGGGCCAGCUCCCGUCUCUCCCUCAGGUCCCAGAGCCUGGGAGAUGCCGAGUCCUGCUCCAUGCUGUCGCUGGAUAUUUUGCCAGAGGCAGAGGUGGCCUGGGAGGCUCUGGGGGCUCUGAGGGCCAUCGGAAGGAAGCGGCUAAGAGCGCCCGUGGGAAGUAAGAUCCCCAUCCUGGCUGGGAACGGGCGCUUGCCCACGCCCCGGAGGGAGAGCCCCUUGGGACAGGAGGCCUACGAGGAAGUGGUGGACGAGUUCGUGCCGCUGGAGUUGAAGCUCAGAGCUCAGCAGACGUUGCAUCAGGACCUCAGCGGAGCUUUUGACAACCUGAAAGAACGUCUCAAGGCUGCAGAAGAGGAACUGCAGAACUUCCAGGAGAAGGAGAAAAAGGCCACCAUUGAGGUGGCUGGAGUUCCCCCGGAAAAGACCGCAAGUAGCCAAGAGCGGCUGCUCCAUCAGUUGACAAAGUGUCUGCAAAGCAAGGAGGGUGCGUUACAGGACUGUCUGGUGGCCCUGCAAUCCCUCGGGUCUCCAGGCAUCAAACCUUCCAUGUUGGAAGCCCUGGUUAAGCAAAUGGCACAACGCUUGAAGGAAAGAGACCAAGCUUUCGAGAAGGCCUCGUCCAGUCACCUCCUGGCCUUGGAGUCUGUGCAUCGUGAGGUGAGGCACCUCCAGGAAGCCCUCAAGGAUAAAGAUGCUGACCUGGCAAGACUGAACCGUGCCCUCUGCACUGGAGAGGAAACCCUACAUGCUUUGCGCGAGGUGCUGCGUCAGAAGGAUGAGGAGACCCAACGCCUGGAAUCCCUCUGUACCUCGACCCGCGAAUCCUGGCAACAGCAAGAGCAAACCUUGCUCCUGGCUUUGAAGGAGAAGGAAGCCUUAGUCAAAGCCCUCCAAGGAGCACUCAGCAGUAGCACGAAAGAUGUGGAGGUAGUUGCUGCUCCCCGCACACGUUGAUGGAGAGUAUAAGGGCCAAA